UAUAUAUAUAUAUAUUUUUUUUCCAGACUGACAUGAACAGGAUAUGAGUUAAAUAGUUCCACUUUAGCUAACAAUAAACUGGGCACAACCACGGGUAUAUAGGUAAAAGUUGCCUAAUAAUAUCUACCAAUAUCUCUCUAUCACCGAGCUAUCUCGACUCGAUAAUUGUCUUCUCCCAUGGCGAAACGAAAGAGAGACGAGGCUGGGCAGAGACAGGAGGCAGCUAGGAAAACUAUGAAGGCAGAUUCUGAUGCUGAUGCUGAUGCUGAUUCCAGCGUCAACACCAAUUCCCAGAAACAGGACCCUGCUUCACAUCAACGGACACAAACGCCAGGCGCAGUUACCAUCCAGAUUAUCACAGGAUCAUACGAAAGAGUAUUGCACGGGAUAACUGCGACUGUCUCCAACCCAUCCGCUGACGAUGAAUCAGCCCAGACAGUCCAAUUCGUCGACAACUUCCUAUUCCAAGCCCACGCCUCUGCAAUCAAAUGUCUAGCCCUGGGACCGCUGCCAGAGCAAAAACAACAAACUUCCUCACAACCAGACGGGCCGCAGAAGGUCGUGCUGGCCAGCGGUGGUACCGAUGAACGCGUCAACCUAUACACUUUAUCCGCAUCUCCGCCCUCAGCAUCGGACAGCGCCAAGUUCCCCACAAUUCCAACGUUGGCAGGAAACAAGAUCCUCGAAAACCCCAAGAAUCGCGAGUUGGGCUCCCUACUUCACCACUCCUCCGCCAUCACAGCUCUGUAUUUCCCCUCCCGCUCAAAGUUGCUAUCGGCUGCUGAGGAUAAUACAAUAGCUGUCACGAGAACCAGGGACUGGUCUGUGGUUUCGACCAUAAAGGCUCCCCGACCAAAGGUACAAGGGAGGCCCAGCGGGGAUACUGCCCCUCCCGGGGGUGCUCCUGCAGGUGUAAAUGAUUUCGCCGUGCAUCCUAGCAUGAAACUCAUGCUCACAGUGGGGAGAGGAGAAAAGUGCAUGCGUCUGUGGAAUUUAGUUACCGGGAAGAAAGCUGGGGUGUUGAAUUUCGAUAGGAAGAUUCUGGAAUCCGUCUUGGAGGGGAAAUAUAGCAGCGGAGAGGGGCGGCGGAUAUCAUGGGACUCGGAGGGAGAAGAAUUUACCGUUGCGUUUGAAAGGGGGGCUGUGGUAUUUGGAAUCGACUCUGUGCCCACGCGGGUAUUACUCCCUUCACCGCGAACCAAGUUUCAUCAGAUGAAAUACAUCGAUGUAGGCAUGUCCAGUGGAAAUAAACGGGAACUACUCGCAUUAUCAACCGAGGAUGGGCGAAUUCUAUUUUACUCUACCAAAACUAAUGCACAACCCCCAAGCACGGCAGAGUCUAAUAAAGAUGCUACCAAACCCUCCCUCCCGGCAGCGCAACUAAUAGCACAAUUAGGAGGUAAAGACCACGGCCAAGCAAGCCGCAUCAAAGAUUUCGAAGCCCUACCUAUAAAAGCUCAAGGAUGGAAUAACGACAAAACGUUCCUGAUGGUCACCAGCAGCAGCGACGGUGCUGUAAAAUUGUGGAUGUUGAAUGAGACUGAGUUCCCAGCAGCUCUUGAAGAUGGAUCGUCUGGAAAGAAAAAGGCCAAAUCGGAUUCAAGGAGCCAGAAAAAUGGAAUCUCGUCUACAAGCGACAGUGCCGGUGCCAGUGCCAGUUCCGCCGCGGCUCAAGUCGGGAAGCUUCUAGGCACGUAUGAAUCUAGCAACCGGAUCACAUGCAUGAAGGCGUUUGUUAUGCUGGCGCCUGUUGCGGGAGAGUUGGAUGAAAGUGAUAUUUCGGAGAGUGACGAGGGGCGAGGAGAAGGGAACGAAGAGGAUAGCAGUGGUUCAGAGAAUGAGGAUUAAUAUGAUGCACAUGCACAUGCCCCCUCGUUAUAUCGAAGUUGUUUUUACUGUGUAUAGUAGGCAAAAGAGAAGCCUUCGAUCUUAUGUCUGAGUGUACUACGAGUACCACAUCACAACAAUACCAAUUUAGUAUAGUGUUACUGUUACAUAUUCAUCAAAAAUCACCAUUUCUUUACCCAGACAAUACAAUAUGCAUAAGUACAAGAGCCUUGAAAGCUAGA